CGGCAUUCGAAUAAUCAGAGUCAUCCGGCGGCGCAGUCGACGUAUUUAUAUCGUAAUUACUGGCCGCUUCUUGCGGAAUUCCUUUCAAUUCCUUUCUCCUCUAUCGUCAAGCUGCCAAAAGUACAUGCUACGUAUGCUGGGAAUACACACAGAUUUAGACACAACGUGGGAUUUAAAAUAAAACAAAAGCACACAAUGACCACUGCCCCAGAGGACAACCAGGCCCUCCUCGUCUCGGAGGACCUCAAGCUGCGUCUCAAGGAUUCAUACGACAUCAUCGCCCCGACCUACAAUGACUGGACCAUCCAGCAGUCGGGCUUCCGCAUUGAAUACCUUGAGAAGCUGCUGGAGAAGCUCCUCACCUUGAAGCCUCUGUCCGGCCAGAUGUCGCUCGUCCUCGAGCUGGGAUGUGGCUGCGGCCUCCCCGUCACCGACAGGCUGCUGACGACCCCGGAUGUUUUCGUCACUGCCAACGACCUGUCAACCACCCAGAUCAAGCUGGCCAAGGAGAGCCUCGCCAAGCACGGCACCGACCGCGUUACCUUUGUCGAGGGUGACAUGAUGGGUCUUGAAUUCUCCGAGGGCUCCUUCGACGCCAUCGUCGGCAUGUACAGUAUCAUCCACCUGCCCCGCGACGAACAGACUGAGAUGAUUCGCCGCAUCGCAAAGUGGCUAAAGCCCGGCGGCCUGAUGCUCGUCAACUUUUCCGCCGAGGAUAUGCCCGAGGCUAUCAUGGACAAUUGGCUCCAUGACAAGGGCUGGAUGUACUGGAGCGGCUGGGGCACCGAGGGUACCCUGGCCCGCAUCAAGGAGGCAGGCCUGGAAAUCAUCUUACAAGACGAGAUCAAUGAUCUUGUGGACGCCAAGUUCCUAUGGGUUCUGGCCAAGAAAUAGACAUCGAACAGACAGCAACUUCCUCGACGUCAAAAAAUUUCUGUUCGGCAGAAGCUCUUUGAAUCAGACAUGGCGGGCAUUGGUUUGACAGACUUGAUAGCGACGGAGCGGGAACAAACUUAUGUUCAGGUACAAGGGGUACUUAGGUACCUAGGUCGUGUGAUUACGUUAGGUAGCAAACGGGGGUGGGGAUUACCCAUAGUCAAUUAUCAUGUACCUGGCUCAAUGCCAGUCACAAUCAUGGAUGUGACCACACAGUGGUCCUUAACUCAUUUUGACAGAAUGCCGUACGAAUAUACAAAGUCUGCCAUAGUAAGAGUUACGCCG